ACAGACGCAGAGAAUGGACUGCGGAGCAAAUGAGCUGGGCAGGAAACUGCGAGUUGACCAGGAAAAAGGGAAGACGAACCGAGAAGAUUUGAAAACAGACAUACAGCAUCGAAAAGAAACGUUUUAUAGGGAGGCUCCAUCAGACGAGGAUUCCGCGGUGUCGUCCGCGCCCGCCUCGCUGUCACCCCAACCGCUCAACGACAUGUGGUCAUGCGGCCAAUGCCGUUCGUCGGCGGAGCGCGCGUCGGCCGCUGCGCGGGAGUGCACGCGCCUUGCGGACGCGCUGCGAGACGCGCGCGACCAACUCGAGCUCAUGGAGUUCAGGCUUUUAGAGCUGGAAGACGCACAUCCUGAUAAGGGUCCCAGAGACAACCUCACAGACACGGACUCGGGUUGUGUAUCUCCAGGCUCACGUAUCAAGGAUUCCGCGUCGCCUGAACUCAAACGAAUGGAUUCCGGAUACAAAUCCCCACACGCUCCUAGUAGCCCCUGUAAUCCCCGACGGCACUUGGGAACACCACACGAUGACUUCAAAGAAGAUUUUGCGAGGGCCCAAGUGCUAGCCGACAUUUUAGACAAGAACUCCGAAGCUACCAGUGAUUCCCUCAAAAGCAACCCAGUCAAGGAACAUUUGGAACAAAUGAUACUGAAUGCGGCGUCUGCUGAGGACAGGGCUUGCUUGGAGCAGGUUUUAAUGCUGCUAUACAACCUACAAACGUUGAGCAGUUCUGUCAGCGAAGAUGAAUGCUAUCAGGUAAAACCGAAAAAAAUAUGUGACCUGAGAUUCAAACAAGAAACUGACAAGACUCAUAAGGCGAUCGCAACAGUAACGCCUUACCAACAGAAAGGAUACAAAUGUGAGUCCUUGGAGAGUCUUUGCAGUGAAGAGCGAAAACCAAGCAACAUUCUGCAGGAGAGCGGCAUCUUUGAAGGUGUAGAGACAGAGUCAAAGAGUACACAAACAGACGUCAACGAAAGUUUUGAAUGUAGCGGUGAGCUAAACACCGAAAUACAACGACUGAAUAGUAUAAGAGAGAAGUUAGAGAGACAAGGAGUUAGAAAUAGGACACUAAGUACUAAAGAAGAUGGCGACGGCUUGGAGUGUAGGUGUGUGAAGUUGGGGAAGAAACACAAGCAGUAUUACGAGCGGAGGCUUAAGUUCUUGGAGGGAAAGAUCUCGAUUUACGAAGCAGCACAAGACGUUAAAGAGGCUAAGUUAGCACAGAGAUUGCAGAAAGAGUUCCUUCUUGAAAACAGAAUACAGGAGCUCGAAACGCAACUAUCCGAAUUACAAGAUAAGUACGAAAGAUUAGAGGAAGAUUGCUGUGAACUAGAAGAAAUCGAAAAUGACACCCGUUUGCAUUGGCAGCAGCUUGAGAUGGACUAUGAGCUCUGUUCAGCUCAAUUAAGAGACAUGACUGAGCAACGAGAGUGUUCCCGGUCACAGGCCGAGCGCCUGAUGGCCGAACUUACGAAUAGGGAGUGCACCUUAAAAGCAAGAGAGAAUGAGUUACGUUCGAGGUUAGAGAAGCUGGAGAGAGCGGUGCCAGCACUAAUAGCGUGGAACGUUGUUCAGGCUGUGGGUGCUGAUCUAUCGUGUGGUGGCAAGCGAGCUUUAAUAAACCGUAUGAGUGGUUACGGCGAGGACACUCGCAAGGCCGUACAGCAGAUACGGCAGGAGUGCCGGCAGUUCGGCACCCGGUGCGGCGCGCUCGUCGCCUGGAACGACAUCGCCACCGGCUCCACACCCACCGAACAGGAGUUGCAGAAACAAGUCAACAAGUUAUUAACCGAAAAGAAGAGGAUAGAAGGUCAAACAGAAGAAACAAAGAAGAAGCUCGAAAUGAGAGUCCAGGAAUUGGAAGAAGAAUUAGAUACUGCGAAGAGACAGAUAGCAGCAACUGUCUGCGGAGGAGAGGCUAAGAAAGAGAAGAUUGAAGAACAAAUCUCAGAUUUAGAAGUACAGUUGCGAAAAGAUCAAGAAACUGGAAAGCAACCCGCAGACCCGGCGAUGGGCACUAAGAUACGAGCAUUGUUGAUCAGCGAACAAGAACUAAAGAACAGGGUCUCAGAGCUGGAGAGAAGGGAGGCAGCGUACUUGGAGAUGUUGACGCAAGCAGACGACAUGUGGGCCGAGAUGGAGGGCGGCUACAAGAAGAGGAUUCAAGAGUCGCAAACACUGGAGAACACACUCAAAAACAAGGUUCAGAAAGUAGAAACUGAGCGCGACCACUAUAGGAGGUGCUUUGAACCGCUAAAGAAGAAACUGAAAGAAGUAGAAGAGUCUGAAUCAGGAAUGCGCAUAGCGUUGGAGAAAGCUGAGAGAGAUGCUAAACACCUCAAAGAUCAGAACACAACUCUACACAGCGAGCUAAAGAAGGCAGAGGCAGAAGUUAGAAAAUCUGAAACAGCGUUCAAGACUCUCGAUGCCAAGUUCAAGAAAGAGAUAGAGCAUUUGCGAAAAUUGAAUAAAAACUUGGACACUGAUCUGAAGAGUCAAAAGGAAUCAGCGAAAAGGUCGGAGAAGAAUUUCAUCGGGGACCUGGAGUCUAUCAGGAAGGAACUGGCUCGAGCUUACAAGAAUAAUCAAGAACUAGAAGUAACUAAUAGUGAACUAAAGGAGGAGGUCGAAUCUCUGGAAAAACAGCUUGCUUUGACUCAGAAAGCUCUAACACAAUGCAAAAGGAAGUGUGAUGAGAAGGUAAAGACUUUAAGUCACGAAUUGUCCAUCAAAACUGAGGAGUUAGAAGAAAUGAGGAGUGAAUCUAUGCGACAGUCGUUCCACGCUUCUCGCGUAGAAUUAAAGCCGGAUAGGACCGAAUAUAUUGACGAAGGCUAUUCUGUAUACACGGCUGUACCAAAGAAGACAGACUACGGGAGAAUGCAUCAUAGUAUGAGCUACAUAACGUCGGAGUCUCGUUGCUCGUGCCCGGCGAUGCGCACCCAGCUGGUCGGCCAGCUGAUUGAGGAUCUGUUUGAGAGGGUGCACAACACUGUCGACGACGACCUGACCAGGCUGUGCAACGACAUCAGUUUGAUUCAUAGUAGAGAAGUGACUGCUGAAACCAAAGCGAAAAUUACAAAUUACCUCUUAAUGGCUAUCUCGAAGGAGCUCGUUAGGUCUAUAGGGGACGCUGAUGCUAAGACUGAUACAGAGGAGUGGCGGUGCGGCGCGUCGCCGCUGUCGCAGGCGAGCGCGCAGCUGGCGUGCCCGGCGCCGCGCGCGUCCAACGCGAGCGUGCUGGCGGGCGCCGAGCGGCUGGCCUCCGUGAGCUGCGCGUGCGCCGCCGCGCGCCUCGCUGCCAGGCGACCCGACCUCGCCAGUGCUGUCAAACGCUGUCAGGAGGAAGUUCUGGAUCACGGCGAUGUUAAAAUCAUGGAGGAGCAAUUAGCGAAUGCAAUCGAAAGUAUUGUUAAUUGUCCAUCUUGUGCGUUGGGUACAAAUGCGAUAGUUUGGAGCACGGAUGUUUAA